ACAACUGCCUGCACAACCUUGGAAAAAGAAAAAAAAAACAUAGUUUUUUAAGAAUGAUGACGUAAAAAUUAAAAUUAGCGAGAUCACAGUUAGUUAGUUAGGAGGCUGCAUAGUAUUUCACUACUCUCUGACCUGACCUGACCUGACCUGACGUCGACUCGUUCGUUUCGAUGCCGCUCGUGGUUCGUGUAGUAAAUAAGAAAUCGAAGGCACGUGAUGACGGUGACGACAAUACGGAUUCCACUUCUUCCGGGGGACAAGAGCCGUGGAAAUUUCCACAACUCGUAACAAAACUAAAGAAUCAUUUUAAACAUGUCCAGUUCCGGUCGGAUCUACAACGACGCGCUGUGGAAGCCGUGCUGGCAUCUGACCGUGACAUCUACGUCUCGAUGCCGACUGGAUCUGGAAAGUCUUUAAUAUACCAACUUCCAGCGGUUUUACAUGAUAGAAAGUUUGCCGUCGUGUUUUGUCCGCUUAUCGCUCUAAUUCAGGAUCAGCUGGGUCAUUUAGCUAAGCUGAACAUUCGCGGAGAAAGUAUCAACUCGAAAAUAACCACGACGGAGAGGAAACGGAUUCUGGACGAUUUAAAGACAACAAAUCCGGCCACGAAACUACUCUACAUUACACCGGAACUUGCAGCCACACCUAAUUUUAGGACCCACCUCGAAAACUUUCAUCGAAAUGGAAAAAUUUCAUACUUUGUGGUGGACGAGGCCCAUUGUGUGUCAGAAUGGGGACAUGACUUCCGAACAGAUUAUCUCCGCCUUGGAGAGUUGCGUACUUUGUUUAGAGACGUCCCGUGGGUAGCACUGACAGCAACUGCUGCACCCAAGGUGGCGACCGAUAUUUUAAAGCAACUCAACCUCAUUCGACCUCUAACUUUUAAGAACCCCUGCUUUCGGUCCAAUCUUCAUUACGAUGUGCAGUUUAAAGAAUUGCUUGACGAACCGUUUGAUCAUUUGGUAGAAUUUUGUGUCGAAAGUUUAGGAGAAGAUUGGGAAUCGGAAAAACCCGGUGACCGUGGCUGUGGAAUAAUUUACUGCAGGACGCGCGAGAUGACAGAGGAUAUAGCAACCAUACUUACGAGACGAGGACUCAAGGCAAAGCCGUAUCAUGGCGGUCUGAAAGGCGCAGAUCGCGACAAAAUACAAGGGGAAUGGAUGAACGGCGUGACCCCUGUGAUUGUUGCCACAAUAUCUUUCGGCAUGGGAGUGGACAAGGCAUCCGUUCGGUUCAUCGCCCAUUGGUCCAUGUCUCAAAGCGUCCCUGCAUAUUAUCAGGAAUCUGGACGAGGUGGUCGUGACGGAAAGAAGGCCUUCUGCCGCCUCUACCAUUCGAAAGGCGAGCGAGACGCGUUGACCUUUCUUCUAUCUAAGGAGGCCGGUGAACUCCGCGCAAAAGGAAAGGAAAAGGAAGAACAAGCGAAAUCCCUCCUCGACUCUUUCUCUGCCAUGGUGAAAUAUUGCGAGGGUUCGACCUCGUGUCGACACUCUUACUUUGCAGGAUACUUUGGUGAUGAGGAAAAGCUAGUUGACGGAUGCGGCGCCAUGUGUGACCAUUGCGUCGAUCCGAAAGGAUUAGAGGUAGCGGUGCAGGCAUUUUCGUUUCAGGACGUUUUACGCCAAAGGGCGACCAUUUCAUCCCUAAAUGUGAGCGGGAUUGAUGAGGAUUUAUAUGGGGGUGGGAGGGUUGGAGCAAAACGGGAUAGUGAGUCAGCCGACUCGGGCGAAAGUGGGUUAGAGAAAAAAGCGAGGAGUCAGCUAGAAUCGGUCAUUAAGAAACAGUUUGCUCUAAGAAAUGGGGGCAGUAGUGGCGGGGGAGAAGGAAUUGUCACCGCCUCAUCAAUACUAGAUCGUCAACUAAUUAACAACGCUAGAGUCAAAGCACCCUCGGCGACAACAACAAAAAUCCGUGGGUUGAGUAUAGCCGUGAGAGAAAGUUACCUAAACAUGCUAAUGGAGUCGUUGGAGAGCAAUAAUGCAAAAAUUUGUGGGGGACGACUAAGUAAAAAGGACAUUUUGGGGGCUGGGGUGGAGCUCGAGUAUAAAAUAUUUUCGGCAAAUACAGUCAUGUCUUUGUAUCGGCAGAGGGUGGCAGCUGCUAAUCAAGGAAUCAAGAAUGAUACUAAAAAUGUUGAGGAGACUGAGGCUAUUAAGAACUAUGUACCUGGAAGUACCUUUUCUGCUCCUGUAAAUGAGACACGCUCAAAUUUUGGUGGAUUUACCAAGGCUUCUCAACUAGUAGUCGAACCGAAGAGGGAGGAACACGAGGAUAAUACAAGUAAAAACAAGAGGGUUACCGCGAAGAGUAACGGAUCAGAAUUAUUAGCACCACCACACCCAGUCAAUAUUCUUAAUGUCAGUCUCAACUCGUCCUCCAUAUUUAACGACAGUUUAGAUAUUCAUGCUGUUGAGUAUGAUUACCCAACUGCAACCCCGACCCCACCACAAAGGAAAUUUAGUUUUAGCCUGAAACAAGAUAGUACUAUUGGGCAGAAGAAAUUAAGUGACUUUUUUAAUAGAGAAUACGGAGAAGAAGACAAAAAGAAGGUGGAGCUGGAUAAGAAAAAGGCAGAGGAAGAUAUCAUAGAAAUCUUGGAUUCAUCCGGUGAAGAAGAAAAAUUUUCAAAAAGAAACGUUAAUUCGCCGACUGCUGGUUGCACUGAUAAUAGUGGUGAUCCUGAGAAAGUUAUUGACAUUUAUAUGGAUUGUGGGGAUGAUGAUCUAGAACCGAAACCAGUUCCAGCUCCAGUACCACCACCAGAGCAAACAGGAUUCAAAAGUGCCAAGGAAAUGUUAUUUUCAUUCUCUUCGUCGAAGAAAAGUUAUAGUAGUGGGGACAUUUCAAAAGGCGGGGAACGUGGAUCAUCAUCAUCCAUAGGGAGGAAAAGGGGCCGUGACGAGGGUAGUGGGGGUGGUGGUGAAAUUAAAAAGAAAUUGGCUCGGGAAUACUCUAGUCAAUCGUCACGAGGAGGAAAUGGGAGUAAAAAUAGCAGCAGCAGCAAGGACAAACCUGGAAAACAGCGACUCAUUAGUGAUCUCUUUGGCAGCCAUAAUAAUAAAGCAUUGUCGCCUUCAGUUCCGGCCGCGCCAGUACCUUCAUCAGCACAACAUCCGAAAAAGUCGAGUAGCGAAAGUGGCAGUAAUAGCGGCGCCAACAACAAGUCGACUACUAGCACUACCAGCACAAGUUCAUCCGUCUCCAAGAAUACAUUUUCACCUCACAAAUCGCCUCAAAAACCGCCAUCGUCUUCCCUUCGCAGUGGGAAGAUUAGAGGGAAUAAGGACCACACGCCCUCACCUGCAAAGGUGAAAGCAGCCACGGCGGACAGUACUGAAAUCGGGAAGACGGAAAUGGGAGAACUCAUCGUGAAUUGUUUGAUGCCAUUUUACCGUGCCGGAAAGUUUCCAAACACUGGGGGUGGGAAAGAUGCAUUUAAAAUAUUGGCGAGAGAUAUGACCCACCAAGCGUGUGAGAAGAAGCUCAAAGAUCGCGAGCAUGUUGAAAAAUUUGUGGUCAACUACUUUAAGAAGAUCGAUCAACAAGGGGCUGGUGGCGGUGGUAGUAGUAGUUCUGCUCAUCCUGUUAGACAUGAUGACGAGGUCGUGAAAAUACCUCAAUAAAAAGUCAGAAUAACCCAUUUGUUUAUGUGUGCUCGACCAGGAGACUUUCCCACUUGGAAUAGAGAACAGUCUCAACGUCAUAAUAAUAAAUCACAGUGCCAGUGUUGGAUCACUUAAUGAUACUUCCUUAUACAAUAAUAUUUAAGUAGUUGUGAAUUUAAAGACACUGAUUUACUUCUGGCUUCCUUUUCAUGCGUGUACGUACACCUGUACCUGAUUGUAUAUCGUUCAUGAAUUGAUAUAGUUUGGUGGUAAAUAAUUCAUUAACAAUAAUAUGACGACUUUAUAGACUUGUACCUCCCUUUAACUGAACUAAGAAGAAAUUAGUGAGCAAACAAAAUAUAUACCAUAGAAUAGAUUAAAACACCACACAUAGUUAAUGAUAAAAACAUUAAAAUAUGCAUGUCUUGCUACUGAGGGGUUUGCUCAAAACGAAAUAAAAUAUUCUAGUAUAUCAUACUCUUCCAACACUA